AUGCGCCUCCUCUUCCUCGCCGCGCUCCUGUUUUUCGGAGAAUCGUUGCUCGCCGCGGAAGCCGCCCGGCGGAAAUCGCCUACUAGAAAACCGCCUCAGGCUGCUGAUUCAGCCGGGCCGAUCAACGCGAUAUUCGUGUUUGGCGAUUCGCUUCAGGACGUGGGGAACAACAACUAUGGCAAGUCCGUGCUUCAGUUCAACAUCCCGCCGUACGGAACGAACUUCAUCCCGCAGUCGGGUCGCGUGUGCGAUGGCAAGCUUGGCAUCGACUUCCUCGGUAAGUGA